AUGCCCUUGACACUCCACCACCUCGGCUUCUCCCAAUCUGAGCGCAUCAUCUGGCUCGCAGAAGAGCUCGGACUCGAAUACAAUUAUGUUUUCCACAAACGGGACCCCAUCUUCGCUCCACAGUCGCUGAAGGACCUCUCUCCUGCCGGCACAGCUCCAGUAAUGGAAGACGACCCAUCCCCCGUCACCAACUCAAAAGUUGUCUUGGCCGAAUCCGGCGCUAUCGCAGACUAUCUCAUUGCCGUUCAUGGGAAUGGUCGCUUGGGCGCAACUCCCAAGGACGGUGCCGUGUAUCCCCAUUUCCUGGAAUGGUACCAUUUCGCCAAUGGCAGUCUCCAGCCAACUUUGUUCCGGGUCCUGAUGGCUCGCGCAUCAGAUCCUAAUAACCCGCUCGUGGCACGUACAAUUGCGAAAUGGGAGCAUCAAAUUGAUAUGCUCGAGGCCCGAUUAGCUGAGACUGGAGCUUAUCUUGCUGGGGAUGAGCUUACAGCAGCGGAUAUUAUCUCAUUUUUCACAUUGACGACCAUGCGAGGAUUUUCUCCUGUCCACUUCGAUACCGAGAAAAACAAGCAUGUUCUCGCUUAUUUGAAGCGUGUUUCUGAGCGCCCGGCGUAUCAGAAGGCUAUGAGGAUCUGUGAAGGGGAGGACUUCAAGCCUUUGAUUGGACCUAUCGCUGAGCCAUGGAGUUUCAUGAAGAAACCGUAA